CCGUUAAAGGCGGUUCUUUGGAUUUAAACUGGAUGCCCCUCUCUUUUUUUACGGGGGGAGAAAGAAAGAAAAGGAUUGCUUUGAUUCCUGAGAAAAGCUUAUCUGGGAAACGUUUCUUUUGUGUUUUUUAAGGUCUGUUUAGUUUUAAAGGUGGCAUCUUGGUGUCUCAAAAUCGAAAGGCUGGCUGAUUGGAAUCGGUAACUCGCUCCAAGAAGACAGCUUUUUAAUUUUUGUUUGGAGAAAAAAGAAAUGGUUGAGUGAAUCAGAUCGUUAUUUGGGAUAGGAAGCUCUGAUCUCGAAAGAUAUCACGAGAUUUUUCUCGGUGUUUGGGGCUUUCCGUGAGAGUUCCAAAAACAAAAAAGCAAGGUCCAAGGAUAAAUCCAUCUCCAAACAGGAUAUCGUUGUCCCUUGUCGGGUUUUAUCCUUCUUUUUAUUUUAUUUUUUUCUCUUUUGCAUCCUUAAACAUUUCGCAGUCAAGGAUUAAACAACCCCAAAGUCUUAAGAUUUCAGGAACUUAUGAUGAAAAUCUAGUUGAAAGCAAAAGAAGGAAAAAGAAAAUCCAUUUGUGUCCUCUUCUUCUUGGUGGGUUUUGUAAAUAAACUGAUAACUUUGGUCUUAAAUUGAGUUUUAGUACUAUUGUUAAGUUGCUUGCGGUUUGAGGAAAGGAAGUUGCAAGGCUUGUGUGGCUAUCUGAGGUUUCUGGGUAGCUGAGAAAUAUUGGGGGUGAAGUUUGAAAGGUGGCAAUGUCCUGCAAGGAUGGUAAACAUGGGAGCUUGGAUAAUGGGAAAUAUGUAAGGUACACACCUGAGCAGGUUGAGGCCCUUGAAAGGCUUUAUCGUGAAUGCCCCGAGCCUAGUUUGAUUCGUAGACAGCAGCUGAUUAGGGAGUGCCCCAUUGCUCUGUGCAAUUUAUUUGCUUCAAUGGAUUUGCAUUCAGUGUUAUUGAUAAUGAUUCAAGAAACGAUUAGAAUCAACUACUGAGAUGUGGGAUUUUUAGUAUUUAUCUUGUUCUUGGUUGGUCAGAAUUUUCGUUUCAGGUGGAAUACCAUUUUUAAUAUUUGAUAAUGCAUGAUUGCAUGUUAUCAUGUAUGUUUUAGAUUUUUCAGAUGUAGAGAGAAGCAGAGGAAAGAAGCAUAACGCCUUCAAGCUGUGAAUAGGAAGCUGACAGCAAUGAACAAGUUUUUGAUGGAGGAGAAUUAUAGGUUACAGAAGCAGGUGUCACAGCUGGUGUAUGACAAUGGUUGCUUUCGUCAACAUACCCAGAAUGUGUCAAGUAAUUUUCCACUCUGUUGGGCUACUGCUUGUAUCGACCCAAAACUUAUCUCAUCUGUCACCAUUUCAUCAGCAGAUCCUAGCUGUGAAUCGGCAGUGACGAGUGGUCAACACUGCAUGACACAACAGAAUCCUCCUGGAGAUGCUAGUCAUGCAGGGCUGUUGUCCAUUGCAGAAGAGACUUUAGCAGAGUUUCUUUCAAAGGCCACUGGAACUGCUAUAGAGUGGGUCCAAAUGCCUGGAAUGAAGCCUGGUCAGUGGUCCGGAUUCCAUAGGAAUCAUUGCUAUUUAUCAUGGUUGCCCUGGAGUGGCAGCACGUGCCUGUGGCCUUGUGGGUCUCGAACCUAUACAGGUUGCAGAACUCCUUCAUGGUUCCGCGAUUGCCGAGCUGUGGAUGUUCUAAAUGUGCUGCCUACUGCCAAUGGUGGAACCAUUGAGCUGCUGUACAUGCAGCUCUAUGCGCCAACGACAUUGGCGCCUGCUUCCGACUUCUGGUAGUUGCGUUAUACUUCUGUUCUAGAAGAUGGAAGAGCCUUGUGGUACGUUGUUUAAUAAGCUGUUUUAUUUUGGAUAUUAGACUGAAUGGCUCCAGUUUGUGAGAGAUCUCUGAAAAAUACUCAAAAUGGCCCUAGCAUGCCUCCAGUGCAGCAUUUUGUGAGAGCAGAAAUGUUUGCAAGUGGAUGCCUUAUUCGGCCUUCUGAAGGGGGUGGUUCAAUCAUACACAUUGUUGAUCAUAUGGAUUUGGAGCCAUGGAGUGUGCCAGAAGUAUUGCAUUCGCUUUAUGAAUCAUCAACAGUGCUUGCUCAGAAAGUGACGAUGGCAGUAAGACUGGUUUUCGAGUUAGCAUUAUGUUUUUUUGCCCUUCUCCUUUUCGUGUUAUGAAAAUCUGAAACUGUUUGGAGGAAGGCUUGUAUAUUCGGAAUUAAUAUAGUUGUGGCUUUAGAAAAAGGGUGAAGAUAUUUUGUUGUUGGUUUGUUUCUGUAGUG